AUGACUGCUAAUUUACAAUCACGUUCUGCAUCCAUGUCCAAUCCGAUGGAUAAUGAACCGGUAACUUUGUUGAAAGCAUCUGCUUCCAAGAACAAUGGAGCUUUGAGAUCGGCUUCAAUUGGAUCCAGUUUCUUCAACAAAGAUACUUCAAAUUUUUUCAACCAAUCUGCCGAUGUCGCCAAUACCUCUACUCAUUCUAUGGAUGAUGAAGUACAAGAAUCAUCUGGAUCUUCAUCCAAUGACGAUCGAACAAUUGCUCCUGGAACCGCAUCAACUGAUUUGGAUAUAGUAGGUGCUUUAGGUAAUCUUGAUUUAGAUGGAGACUUUGAAUUACCCAAAGAUCCUUCCAAUGAUGUUGCUGCCAUUAAUGAACAUCAAAAUGAUAAUCAAUUCCCGCAGCAACCCCAUUUUUUCUAUGCUCAUGGGGCCGAUGCUUCUGCUGGAAAUUAUUAUCAACAAUUCUAUCAUCCACCUCAUCAAGGGUCCUUAACUCCUAAUCCUUCCGGUGCCGGAUUUAUGCCUUCGACUUUUGGUCCAACUAGUACUCCUUCUACUACCUGGGCUAAUAAUUUCGUUCCUUCCUCUGCUCCUCCUUUUGCUUAUGGAAAUGGAUCGAAUCCUAAUGAUUUGAAUUUGAAUGCAGUCAAACCUUUUGAACUUCCUGAAGAUUCAAAAGAUGGUGCUUCAAGCUCAGAACAAUCCUCAAUCAAUGGUGGCGCUUCAAGCUCCAAUGCUAAUACAAGUAAUGGUUCUGGACCAAUCCCAAACGGUGCUAUUCCUCCUAAUAUUCCAAACUUGCAUGGUCCAUUUUCCACACCUCCACCUCCUGUUUUCGGUGGUGUCUUGGAUUCUCAAAUGCAAUUCAACCCUGGUCAACCUGCAGUUUACUCUGGAAGCGGAUAUGAUGGUAAUAAAGGGAUCAAACAAGAAGGAAAUGUUUCUAAUGAUUCAUCAGUAAAUCCUUCAGGUACUCCAAUUGGCCAACCAUUCCCUGUUAGAAACUUCCCAAUCAGUGGAACUCCUACUCCAGUGUCAUUAGCUAUUGGAGGAGAAGCUUCUAAAAAUUCUUAUUUUAAUGAUAAUUUAUCCAUGUCAAUGCCUCCUCCUAUGACUAUGGGACCACCUCCUCAAGUAGGUAGUCCUAGUAUGUGGAAUCAGCAUCCAAUCAUUAAUACCCAUCACCGCCAUCCAUCAAUUCCUGGUCAACCGGGGUUCGACACUAGAUUAGGUGGUUCCGGGAUUCAACCCGUGGGUGGUCAAUUUAAUGGGGGCAUGAUGUCAAAUCGCUUCAAUGGUAGUGGUAAUUCUCAUCACGGUGGACGUCAUCGUCAUAAUCAUAAUAAUUAUGGAAUGAAUAAUGGUAUGAAUGUGCACCGUAAAAUGCACAAUAAUCAUAGAAGAAAAGGAGACGAUGCUUCCAAAUAUGCAAAUGCUAAAUUAGAAGACUUCACCGGAGAAUUUUUUUCCUUGUGUAAAGAUCAACAUGGAUGCCGUUUCUUACAACGUCAAUUGGAUUUAGGUCGCGAGGCGGCAGCAACCAAUGAUCCAAAUCUUUUAACAAAUGAUAUUGCUGCAACCAUGAUUUUUAAUGAAAUUUACUUAAAAAUCAUUGAAUUAAUGGUUGAUCCAUUUGGUAAUUAUCUCAUACAAAAAUUAUUUGAAAAUGUUUCUAAUGAUCAAAGAAUUAUUUUGGUUAAAAAUGCAGCACCCGAAUUUAUCAGAAUUGCUUUGGAUCCUCAUGGUACUCGUGCUUUACAAAAAUUAGUUGAAUGUAUUUCUACUGAAGAAGAAGCUCAAUUAAUUAUCAAAUCAUUAUCACCUCACAUUGUAUCAUUAUCAAGAGAUUUGAAUGGUAAUCACGUUGUUCAGAAAUGUUUACAAAAAUUAAAAUCCGAAGAUAAUCAAUUCAUUUUUGAGACUGCUUCAUUACAUUGUAAUGAAAUUGCUACUCAUAGACAUGGAUGUUGUGUUUUACAAAGAUGUUUGGAUCACGGUAAUGCUGAACAACGCCAACAAUUAUCUUUGAAAGUGGCUGAAAACGCCACUAACUUAUCGUUAGAUCCUUUUGGAAAUUACGUUGUACAAUAUGUAUUAUCAAGAGGUGAUGAUGAAUCAAUCAGAAUCAUUUUGGAUCAUAUCAAAUCAAAUGUUAUUUCAUUAUCCUUACAUAAAUUUGGUUCUAAUGUCAUUGAAAAAUCCUUAAGAAUCAAUAAAUUAACCGAUAGUUUAAUUAAGGUUUUAUUACUCAAUAAAGACCGUUUCAGUGAAAUGUUAAAUGAUGCGUUUGGUAAUUACGUCUUACAAACUAGUUUGGAUGUUGCCAGUAAAGAAGAUUUGGCUGACUUAUCUUUGGCUUUACAACCUUUGUUACCAAAUAUCAAGAACACUCCCCAUGGUAGACGUAUCAUGACUAAGAUCCAAAGUAUUCUCUGAUUGCUUUUCCUUCCUUCUGUUACAUCUUGCCUUCUUACUAUUAUUACUUUGUUUUUUUCUAAUGUGUUAUUGAUUUUUGUCUCUUUCUAUAUCUUUGAUGCUUUCCGUCAUGUAUUGGAAUUGGCUUCAUAUCUUUUUUUUGUAUUUUAGGCUGUAUACUAUCUUUGUUUCUUAUAUAUAUAUACUUUUCC